AUGACGCAAAUAGCGAGUUAUCUGGCGACAAAACUCUAUGAAGAAAAGUUGCCCGUGACCUAUAGAAUGCUCAGUAGAGAGCUUUCCAUUGAUGUCCGCCGCUCAAAGGAAGAACUAGCUGAGUUUUAUAAGAAAGAUGAGAAACUGGAAAUCAUUUACGCAGUAUCAGGCAUCAAGAAUGGCCUAGAUAUUAAGUUGGUCGGUAAACAGGAUCUGGAGACUGUGAAGCAGGGAUACGAGAAGGUUCUUUCUGUGGCUUGCUAUUCAUUGUCAACUAGUGGCGUUGGUGCCCAGGAAGUUGCCAAUAUGGAAGGAAUGAGGCGAAACGAGUGGUUAAAUGCAGAAUUGCAAAGAAAGCUAGGCAUUAUUGAAAGUCCAUUUCACAAAGAACAACCUGCUGAACAAAUUGAGCAUGUAGAGGAACAAUGGCCAAAGGUGGACGUGGUAAAACAACCGGCUCCAAAACACUCUCCGGAUCCAAAGAGCCAAAGUCCAAAACCUCCCAAGAAAACAGAAACUAUCCCAUCCAUUACGUCCAAAUACGUAUCUAGGAAACCCCAAAACAGCAAAUCCUCUGCCUCAGUACAAAAGACCAUUCCGACUUCAAAAGCUAAGCCAAACUCCAAAUCUAAAAUUUCAUACGUUUCUAGAAAAGAACCAAAAGAAUCGAUUGUGGCUGGAGACAUAGAAGAUGAUAAUUCCUUCCCGUUGAACGAGCCUCCAAGGAAAAAGACCACCGAAGAGAUCAACAAAGAGAGGCAAGAAUUGGCUGCCAUGUUCACUGAUAGUGAUGACGAGAUGCAAGACACACAGGUUAUUCAAGAGGAGUCUGCCCCGCCCAAAAAUGAAGAUAGUUUGUUUGUAAUUGACGAUGACGAGGAUGAAGGUGGUGACCAAGCGCAUGCAAGAGAGGAUGCGAAUCCCGUGGAUCAGAUGGAUGUUGACCUUGCCUCUGACUUUGACACUUCCAUUCAGGAAGUUAACCCCCCGGUGGCCAGUAAUGAGCCCUCACAAAAUGAAGUGGAGCAGUCAAAGGAGGCGAUCACUAGUUAUGUUGAUGAAGACGGCUUUAUUACGACAGUUAAAAAUACAAAGAUAAGCACAGACAAAUCAUCGAACCCCAAAUCGUCCAGUUCGAAGCCUUCACCCACAGUUGGGACCGUCAAGGGCAAAUCAUCUAAGAAGGCCCAAUCCACCCUAUUGAGCUUUUUUGGAAAAAAAUAG